UCGCCACUCUCGCCACCCGCAGCAAUCAUCAUUCUUCAUGACUCUCCUCAACGCCGACUGCCGCUUCGGGAUCUACGACGCCAUCAUCGACGAUCACACCACCAUCCACAUGGUCAAGAAAUACGUCCCCAACGGCCUCCUCCUCUCCCUUUCCUUCACAUCCCUCGACCUGUACCACGAGAUCAAAGCCUGGUCCCGCCGCCGCCCAGACCUCGUCCGAUCCCCCGUCUUCGGCCUUUAUAACCCCUAUCUCACCUCCAUCGAAUUCUGCUUCCAAACCUCCACUACCCGCGACUUCGCUGACCUCGUCGGCGGCUACUUUGUUUCGGACCUUUUGAAUCCGCGACCCGUACCGCACAUAGUCCGGCGCGUGUACGGGCCCGCGGCCGCGAUGCGGAACCGCGACCGGCUGGAGCAUUGGCAGUCGAUGAUGAACGCUUUUGAUACGUCAACGGUGUAUUGGAUGCUUUGCAUUGAGACCCGGAGCGAUUAUGUGAGGGCGUGGCCUGGCUUGAGGUUCUGUGAGUUGACGAAGGGAGAUCCGCGGAUCAAGAUUGGGCCGCAUGAGGAGGAGGGGGUGAGUAAUCAGGUUGUGCUGGGGAGGGAUGAGCAUGGAGAUUGGGAGGGAGCGAGAAAUGGGAGAGUGGAGCGGCUGGAAAAGGAGGGGAAGGUGAUUUGGGUUGAUGAGUGGGAGGGGUAUAUUGAUAAGAGGCCGGGAGUUGUUAAGAGAUCCGAGUCGAAGUCGUCGCUGGAGUUGUGAGUGACGCUGGUGUAGAAGUUAGAGAUGAAUUUGUUCAAACAGAAGAGAAUGAAACUUAAUUCUGUUACAUAGAU